CUCAAGCGGGUUUCAAUACCUCUGGCUGCUAUAUCUCGAUCUCAGACUUGGCGCUGGAUUCCCAUGCAUUGAGAGUCUCAAGACGAUAAUCUGGAACAUCACAACGUCUUAGUGCUUUCAAGUUUCUGCAAGAGGAGAGGAGGAAUCACUAAGGACAACCAUCAUCUCAAACGAAGACACGAAACUUUGAAAAAAUUUCCGAUUUUGUGCGUUCUGUCUUAUGAUAUGACAUCUGCUAUGACGAGACAUGAGAUCUGGAUGAUAUUGUCCGCCGCACCUGGCGUUACUGUGUCCUAGAUAUUCGCUUGGAGUGGGUCAGCUAUAGAUUUGAUAUGAAGUAAUAAUAUCAUCAAGAUAUUACACUGAGCGGAUUCAUCCGUGUUUCAUUGUCUCUUUUUUGAAGUCAAUCAUCAAAACCUGUCGUCUCUGGAGAGCUUUUUGAUAAGAAGACGACGUUUUUUAGGAUUAGAAUAUCAUUGUGGACUUCCUGGUCCAGACUGACAGUUGGCGGCGUUGAGCAUCACAUGGUCACGCAGGACUAAUUCAUCACUUGUUGCGCCACAUCUGUUUGUGAUAUCGCAGCAUAGUCCAAUAUGCAGUCUCCGGAACGAUCGGAUGAACAGGCCUUGGCGACGGCCCAGGAAGGACAGAUCGCCGCGCAACAUCUUGAAAUGGACUGUCAGAGCGUUACGUCAGAGACGAGUCAUGUGAGUAGCGCUCAUGACCAAGUGGACAAUCAGCGGGACAGUCCGAUGCCGCAGCCUAUACCUAUUGCAUUGACACUGACACAACCACCGGACUCUGCUGAAAGGGAGUAUGCUACAUUGACACCGUUGUCUUCGGCCGUUACGAUGUCACAUGUCAUGGCUCCUGUGCAUUACACCUCCUACGUUCCCAUGCAUUCUGUCGCUGUGUCGGCAGCCGAGGCUGCCCCCGCGGUAGUAACAUCUCAGUAUAUCUCGCAGGCACAACCCUUGACCCACACUCAGGCCCAGGUGUCGCCGGUACAGCCGUCUCCCCUCAUCCUGACUGCUGUGCCGAGGAAACCGACGCCCAUACAACAUGUACAGCCAACAGUCCAAAAGCAAGCUCCUGUCAAAGCCAACACGCCGCUCCUGUCCACGGAAGAGUUAACAAGAGAUCAGUUAGUUUUGUUAGAAAAAGCUUACAGAGACUCGCCGUAUCCUAGUUAUCACCAACUCGCUGCAGAACUAAAAAUAGAAGUUUUUAAGGUAAAAGCAUGGUUCCGAAAACGGCGUCGAAACUUACAUACAGAGAUAGGAAUAGAGAUGUCCAAGGAAGAUGAACAAAAGGUUUUUAAACAGUUCAUCACACAGCAUCACGAUUCGUGGAGAGGGGGUCAGCCGCCCCCAGGUACCCCGCAGUCUAGUCAUAUGAAUACCAUGUUCCGUGUGCCUACCCCGUCGUCAGGGGAAGAGGGACAUGAAAGCAAGUCUGGGGAGGGGAAAGCGAUGGAACAGGAUGGUGAUCACAGUAGAGGUUCUCCAGCACAAACGUCCGCGGGAGAAGCUUCACAUCCAGACGCCACAGCUAAUCAAACACCUCAUCCUAACGAUCUGAGCCAACAUCCGAAGAUAGACUCAUCAGUACUUUACAAUCCACAGCAACAAGUAGCAACAAGUAAAUCCACGACCAAGUCGAAAUCACUGCCAAAGAGUUCAAGACAGACCAAGUCGAAGACUUCUACCAGCACGAUACGUUCGCUACUGAAGAAGGAGGUGAAGUAUGAGCCAGUUGUCGUGGCUCCUGUCCAAGCACCGCCGGUGACAAGUCCGCAGCCACAGGGGGUUCAAGUCACGGCACCACAGCCUCAAGCUGAACCAGCCGCACAAACGAUGACUUAUAUGUACCAGAACCCAGAGAUCGACAACUUGAUGCGAGAACGUGAGUACUUGGGUCGUCUGCUGCACCAGCAACAGAUGGAAUGGCAGGAGACCAGGAAGAAGCUGGUCGAUUGUGACAGAAGACUAGCCAAGGUCACAUCAAAUGUUCAAGCCUCGACGUACACCACGGCAUCCCAUCAGCAAGCAGUCGUCAGCGAGGGAGAACAGAAGUGGCCUCAGGUCCCACAAACGCAGUACCAACAUGUGGCGGUGCCGGUCUCCACAUCCGCCCAGUCCGCCCAUUAUGUUGCCCAGAUGGAGCGGCCCUCCUCUCACGGCAGUCCGGCAGUUACGACAGAAGAGGGCCAGCCUCAGCAGAUGCAGGCGGUCAGGCUGGUAAUGUCACAACCCCCGGAGGACACCAGCUCCAGUAAAGAGGGGGAAACUGAGGCGCCACAGUUGACACAGCUGUAUGCUGCCGCGCCCAUCAUAGUACAACCAGGAACUGAGAAUCAUCAUUAUGUGUGGCAUCAGGACCAACAACAUGACGCUGGCGUGCAAUAUCACCAUGGGAUGUACCAGCAAGUACCACUGGAUGGCAACAACAACAAAGACCAGGUCAUGCAAAGCACAGUAAGCGUAGAGAACUCCGGCAGCCCGUACUACUCCGACUACUCUGGUUCGCCAGCCUCCAGUCACGAUACCACACAUGAGAACCACGGUAACAGCGUGGGUGCCAGCAAAAGGAGGAACCGCACAAGUUUCACACGUGAGCAGAUUAGCCAAUUGGAAGCAUACUAUAAAGCCAAUGCGCAUCCCGAAUGGGGCGAUAGGGAACUGAUGGCUGAAACUCUUGGGCUUAGUGACCAGAAUGUUCGCAUUUGGUUCAAGAACCGACGAGCCAAGAAGCAGAAACACGAUGAGACGAUACGUUUUGUGCAUGUGCCGGUAACUUCGGCAGACGAAGCGUAACCAUGGUGUUCCAAGAUGGUGGUCGGUCACGUGACACAAGAUGGCGAUGGAUACGUUGAUUCGGCAUGAGGUCAUGUCACGACUACGCUGAGGCGGAAUAGAAAUAUGACUUCGAUGUCUUCUCAUAUAUUUCAGAAGAUCUACAUUUCAGGAACAAAUGAAUUUGUUGAUACACUUUUGUGUAUGUUGUAUAUAAUCAUACGAACCAAAAAUGGUUUAAAUUACUUGAUGCAUUUUUAUAUCUUCCGAAAGACGAACAAUAAGAGCUGAGAGUUGUUCUUUGUCGAUCGGAAUAAAAGUCUGUGUGCUGUGGAUGACGGAAUGAACAGUCGAAAAGAUUUCAACUUCAAGAUCCUGUUGAAUAUUAUUUGGUAUGCAGAGGUCUGAGGAGACACUGCUUCCGAGAAUUUCAUUUGGAAGCAAUUCGCUUAAUACAUGAUUGAUAACGUGUCUAAUGACUUGACAACGGAAAACAGUUCAUCGUUCAAGCCUAAAAAACGGGCAAACACGCUGCAUUUCAGUUAUGUACAUGUAGCUACUUAGUGCAUUGAUAUUCAAAGACAGCUCUGUACGUACACGGAUGGCCGGUCUGUUUUGGUAUUCGCCACACAACGGUGACCGAGGCAAUAAUGGCGAUGGAUCUCGUUAUCGCCAGGCAUGCCAGGGCUAGCGACAUGUAUGGACCCGGGGCUAUGAAACUGUCGAAACUGUCAUUUAACUGCCGUGCAAAUUCUUGUAAUAAAGGCUAAACGCUUUGCCUUCAUGCCGGUCGCGGACGUUGGUAGAUCGACCACGUCAGGUGUGAUUAUGGCAAUCAUAGGAAAUAGUAACCAUGAAUAGGUAUAUUAACUGCUUUGAGGGAAUUGUAGGCACUCUUAGUGCGGAUGCGAAAUGGAAUUUGAAGUCACGUUAUUACGUAGCAUAUUGAUAUAUUUCUACAGAAAUAGAAAUUUCCCAGUGACCAAUAUUUUAGCUUUUAAACUGUUUUGAACGUAUUUUUCGAAUAAAUGAAGUUCUGUACA